AUGGAAGGUGCUUUCACCCAUGUUGGGAAUCAUUUGAUAUCUGACUCCGCUGCUGCUAUCAAGGCCGGAGCUGAUGACCUCUCUACGAUCGACCCCGACGAGAGCUUACUCUAUGGCAAAUACGGCGAUCGAAAUGGCCGCCGCCGAGCCGACGACGACGACAACCAAACCGAAGCAUUUGAAGAAGACGAUAACGACAGUCUGAACAGCGUUCCGAUCGAUGGACUGAAUGGACUCAAGCUCAAGGGUCAGGACGAGGAGAAGGAGCUUCCGGCCCACGCCUGCGCUGCGAGAGGCAAUGGCACUUCGACCCACAUCGUAAAUCACCUCGUUCGAGCCCGCCACAAGGAAGUCCAGCUUCACCCCGAGUCUACACUUGGCGAUACCGUUUUGGAAUGCUAUAAUUGUGGAACAAAGAAUGCGUUCCUCUUGGGCUUUAUCCCUGCAAAGUCCGACACCGUCGUUGUCCUUCUCUGCCGACAGCCAUGUGCCGCCAACACCUCAAACAAGGAUAUGAACUGGGAUACAUCACGAUGGCAGCCUCUGAUCGAAGAGCGAGCCUUUCUGCCUUGGCUAGUCGGGACUCCGUCUGACUCUGAGCAACUUCGGGCCCGCCACCUUACACCCAACAUGAUUGCAAAACUGGAGGAGAUGUGGAAAAUUGAGCCCAAGGCCACAGUAGUUGACCUUGAGAAGGCAGCCAGUAUCGACGAUGACCCUCAGCCUGUCCUACUAAACUACGAUGAUCCUUACCACUAUCAGAACAUUUUUGGCCCCUUGGUCAAGAUGGAAUCCGAUUACGACAAGAAGUUGAAGGAAGCGCAAUCCGAGGAUGGACUCUUAGUCCGGUGGGACUAUGGUUUGAACAACAAGCAUCUUGUCAGUUUCAACCUGCACAAAAUUGAAUCUGGUGAUGUUAAGCUUGCUGUUGGUGACGAAAUGCGACUACGCUACAAGGGAGAGCUACGGUCCCCUUGGGAGGGGGUCGGCUAUGUUAUCAAAAUCCCGAACAACCAGUCUGACGAGGUUACGCUCGAAUUGCGCAAGACUGGAAACGAAAAACUGGUCCCGACUGACCUGUCUCACAACUUUUCAGCCGACUAUGUCUGGAAAGCGACAUCCUAUGACCGUAUGCAACUGGCUAUGAAAACCUUUGCCGUUGAUGAUAUGAGUGUCUCUGGUUACAUCUUCCACACUCUGCUGGGUCACGAGGUUCAGUUGCAGGUUAUGAAGACAAACCUGCCUAAGAAGUGGUCCGCCCCUGGCCUUCCUGAUCUCAACCCUAGCCAAGUGGGAGCGAUUAAGGCAGUUCUCCAGAAGCCUCUUAGUCUGAUCCAAGGACCUCCCGGAACCGGGAAAACUGUAACCUCUGCUACCAUCAUUUACCACUUAGCCAAGAUGAGUGGCAACCAAGUUCUUGUCUGCGCACCUUCCAACGUCGCCGUGGAUCAGCUUUGCGAGCGCGUUCACCGCACUGGACUCAAGGUGGUUCGUCUCACAGCCAAAUCUCGCGAGGAUGUCGAAUCGUCUGUCAGCUUCUUGGCUCUCCACGAACAGGUCCGCAUGUCGGAGCACAACAGCGAGCUCGUUAAGCUUUCACAGCUCAAGAACGAGCUAGGCGAACUGUCAAGUCAGGAUGAGAAGAAGUACAAGCAGCUCACAAAGAUUGCCGAACGCGAUAUUCUCAACAACGCCGACGUUGUCUGUUGUACUUGCGUAGGUGCUGGUGAUCCACGCCUGUCUAAGAUGAAGUUCCGAAAUGUCUUGAUCGAUGAGUCAACUCAAUCAGCGGAGCCCGAGUGCAUGAUCCCACUUGUUCUUGGUUGCAAACAAGUCGUCCUUGUUGGUGACCACAAGCAACUUGGCCCCGUCAUCAUGAACAAGAAGGCUGCCAAGGCUGGUUUGAACCAAUCGCUUUUUGAACGCUUGGUCAAUUUGAAGCUUUCGCCUAUCCGACUGAACAUUCAAUACCGAAUGCAUCCUUGCCUCUCCGAGUUUCCUUCCAACAUGUUCUACGAUGGUAGUCUGCAGAACGGUGUUACUCAUGAGAACCGUUUACGAAAAGACGUUGACUUCCCUUGGCCAGUCGGUGAGAUGCCUAUGAUGUUCUGGUCCAAUUUGGGCCAUGAAGAAAUUUCCGCCUCGGGAACAUCAUAUCUCAACCGCACGGAAGCUUCCAAUGUCGAGAAGGCAGUCACUCGGUUCUUCAAGGCCGGUGUGAAGCCUGCUGACAUUGGUGUCAUCACCCCGUACGAAGGCCAGCGAAGCUACAUUGUGACUACUAUGCAAAACUCAGGAACUUAUAAGAAGGAGUACUACAAGGAAGUCGAGGUCGCUUCGGUUGAUGCUUUCCAGGGCCGUGAAAAGGACUUCAUUGUUCUCUCUUGUGUUCGAUCCAACGACAAUCAGGGCAUCGGUUUCUUGUCCGACCCGCGUCGUCUGAACGUGGCCUUGACACGAGCCAAGUAUGGUCUUGUCAUUCUUGGAAACCCCAAAGUUCUGUCCAAGCACGAGCUCUGGCACAAUUUGCUUGUUCACUUCAAGGAUCGCAAGUGCUUUGUUGAAGGUCCUUUGUCCAAUCUUCAGGCAUGCCUUCUCCAGUUCAGCCGACCUAAGGUCAGUUAUCGCCAGAAGAACCAGCAGCCGCAGUUCGGAGCUGGCAGCUACUCCAAUGGAGGCCGAUUUAACCCGCCCCCCUCCGGUCGAGAUUUCGAUUUGGGCUCUAUGGUAUCAUACAUCCCUGAUGAUGUAUCCUCUGUUCAUGGCUCUGCAUUUGGCGGAGCCUCCCUCAACAGCGCUUUCCCCCCUAUGUUCUCGAGCUUCACCCCCGAUCAGUGGCCUGGUCUGCCCGGUGUAGCUGCUCCCGGCCGAGGAGGUAAGAAUCGGGGUCGUGCCACCGAAAGUGUUGCAGGUGAGAGCGUGGCCAACUCCGAGUAUACGGAUGCGUCUUCGAGCGUGAUUGGUGGCAAAGGAGUAGGACAGGGUGGUGUUAGUCUGGGGGCAGGGCUUCAUGAUGCUGUCACAGGCAUGCGACCCGUCUCCUACAGCCAAAGCGACCGACUCAAGCAGUAUGUCGAGAGUGGUGGUCGCAUGAAUCCCGGUAACGGCUACGGACGACGCUUUGACGACGACGAGAAGAGUGUCAGCACAGCAUUUCAUAGCCAGAUUGGAGGAGGCUACGACUGA